AUGCCUUUGGAAUCAACCAAGAAACGAAAAUCAAUCGAAGAUAAUCCACUAUCUGAUUCAAAUAGCUUCGCAAUGCAGAGUAGUACACCAUGCAAUAGAUCAAAAAGAUCUCGUACAUGUUUAUGGACCACAACAGACUCACCAUAUCAAGUAUCAACAUUAAAUAUAACAGAUUCCAUUACUGGAGAAAUUUAUAAAGUAAAUGCUGAUAAAUACAAUCGUGCCAAACGUGCAACAGAUACUGUACUGGUUACGGAUGAUAGCGGUUUUAAUAAUUUAUUAUAUUUUUUAUUCAGCGCAAUGUUUUCCAAAGAAGAACUAAAAGAGGGUUCCAUUAACGGAACAGUCAAAGGAACAAAAGCAUUAUGUCCACAACGCAUUCAUACAAUCGAUGAACAUAUAUAUAAUAUUUAUGGACAACGAUAUAUAUCAUACAGACAAACAAAGAAGUUUCAAAAUACUAUUAACAAGAAAUGUUCUCGCUUAAGAUCGUCAUGA